AUGGAGUAUCUUGCUCCUCAUGAGGAGGUGUACCACAAGGAGGUGUCCCUGUCCCACUCCCUGCACCCCCACACCUCCGAGGAGGAGUCCCGUCAGAUGGAGGAGAUCCUUCGACUGGAGAAGGAGAUUGAGAGGGCUGCAGCGCCAGAAGGAGGACGGGGUGUCCAUGUUAGGGACGGCCUGGGAGGGAACGGGGAGGAGCUCCGGCAGAGGAGGGACGCAGAGAUCUACCGGCUGGAGAAGGAGGCGUCUCGCGUGGCUACAGAGUUCCUGGAGCUCCUGGACUUUGGGGGUCUGGAACAGAGUCUGUCCAGCGAGGAGAAUCUCCACGACCCCUCAGAGAGCACCGCUCCUCUGGGCCGGGCCGAGGAGGAGGUGGAGGAGGUGGAUGAGGGCUUCCAUGCUAAGGAGGAGUGUCCCGGUAGUGGUAUCCCCCUUCCUGACUUUCCUCUCCCUGCGGAGAUCCCUCUGGACCAGGAGCUCUUCUCCUCCCUCCCUCCUCCUCCUCCGGCCUUCGCUGAGGGACUAGUAGCACAGGCCCUGGCCCUCUCACAGGCCCCAUGUUGCCCCCCUGUUUACUACCCCCUCACCUCCUAUGGAUCUAGUGUCCCUACACACCACCCUGCUCCACCUCCUCUCCCUGCCCUCACCACCGGAGGAGGUAAAGCUUUGUGCCACCAACCCACCAGGAGAACAGAGGUGGCUCCAGACAUCAACAGAGUACCCAGAAGAUUCGAGGUUAUACCCAACAGACCCUGCGCCAGGGUAGACGUUAUGCCCACCACAGUCCCUGAGGCUGUGCCAGUGAGAAGAGGAGACGUGGCUCCCUCUAGGGUAGACUUUAUGCCCACUGUGCCUGUCCCAGGAGCCAGGGAGGAGAUCUCCUUUAGCAUCCUACCUGACACAGAGUCAGACUGUGACCAGGAGGAGUUUGAGGAGGUGCAGGGGAGUACAGGCUCGGGAGACGGAGCCAGUAUCACGGACGGACAUGCAACUGACGAGGAGGUGCUGAGGAAAUCAUCCUGUACUCAGAACAGCCUGGACUCCUUCAGAGGCAGCUCAGACUCUUUUAUCGACAGUGACACAAGCACCGAUGGUUAUGUGGACACAGACGAGGAGGUCUCCAAUGGAAGGGUCAAUAUACUGAACGGCUCUGGGCCUCCAUACUUUCACAGCUACCUCUACAUGAAGGGUGGACUGAUGAUCCCGUGGCGACGGAGGUGGUGUGUGUUGAAGGACGAAACCUUCAUGUGGUUCAGGGCUAAGCAGGACAGUCUGAAGAGUGGCUGGCUGUAUAAGAAGGGAGGUGGCAUGUCCACUCUGUCCAGACGGAACUGGAAGCUGCGCUGGUUCGUACUGAGAGACGAUAAACUCAUGUACUUUGAGAGCGACAGCGAGGAGAAACUGAGGGGACCAUCGACAUCCGCUCCGCCAA